AUGAAUAUUGAAAACAAUGUUGAUACUCGGAGAGAUUCACAAAACCAUACAGCACCCUUCCCACUUGGUUCAAAGAGUAAUGAUCUUUCAUUUAAUUGUCAUUUCAACAACAAAUUUAAAAUUAUUGAUGGAAUUGGAUUUGGGGAUCCUGUAAUGCCAAACAAAGAAAUUAUAAAUCAGCUCAAAAAAGAUUUCAAGGGUGAAGAAAUUGAUAUAAUCAUGUUUGUAAUUAAAAUGGGUAGAAUAUCUCAAGAAACAUUGGAUAUUUUUAACUUGAUCGAACAAACAAUUUAUCCAAAUGGUAGUGCCUCAUCCAACUUCCUCCUUUGUUCUACACAUUCAAAUGAUGAAAGUUGGUUUGAAGAAAAUAUCCAUAGCCAAGUUCUAAAACCUAUUUUAUCAAAAUGUAAUCUUGGAUACAUUGGUGUAGAUUUCCCACCUUUUAACCUGAAUCCAAUAAUUGAGGGAGGAAGAGGAUGGUUGAGAACAUCACAACAUCAACAACAUAGAACAUACAGUACAACAAGUAGUGAUGGUAAUACUGAAGUGUCUGAUGGAUAUAUAACCAACAAAUCAAAUACUUCAUCUAGUAUAAUGAUUAAACCUCAAUCAUUUAAUCUUUCUCAAAAUGUAUAUUCAAAACCAUUAAGAAGAGUUAUAUUUAAUGUACCUGGUAAUGAUCAAAGAAAGGUAGCAAAAGCAGUUCAAUUAUCUGGUAUUAUAGAUACUAUAGUAUUGGAUAUUGAAGAUGGUGUCGCUGCAAACAUGAAACAAGCAGCACGUGAAGAGAUUGCAAGAUCGGUGCAAAAAGACUCUUAUUCCAAAUCAGAGUUAUUGGUUCGUGUUAAUUCGGUGGACAGUGGAUUGUUGGAAGACGAUAUAAAGGCAAUGUCAAAGAUUGCAAAUUAUAUUGACGGUUUUCUCAUCCCAAAGGUCGAGUCACCUGCUCAUCUCCAAUACGUCACUCAUUUGAUGCGAUACAAUGGUAUCACAGAUCGAAAGAAACUAUUGGCCUCUAUAGAAUCUGCAAUAGGAUUGAUUAAUUUAAAGGAUAUUUGUCAAUACCAUACCAAAGCAUUUCCAGGCGAACAAUCAAUGCUCGAAGCAUUGGUAUUUGCAUCAGAGGAUUAUUGUGCCGACACUGGUAUCACUCGUACACCCGAAGCAUCUGAAUUGUCGUAUGCUCGUAGUGCAGUAGUCAAUCAUGCUAUUGCAUUUGGAUUGCAAGCAAUCGAUAUGGUUUGUAUCAAUUUCAAGGACCUAGAUGUCCUAAGAAAGGAGGCUAAAGAAGGUGUUCAAAUGGGAUUCCACGGUAAACAAGCUAUUCAUCCCGGUCAGAUUGAAGUCAUCUGUGAUGCAUUCCGACCAACCCUCAAACAAGUCCAAUUCGCAUCACGUAUCAUCGAUCAAAAUGAAAUCAACCAAUCAAUGGGUAAAGGUGCUUUCGAAGUCGAUGGUAAAAUGAUUGAUUUACCAAUGGUUAAAUGGGCUCAAAAUAUUCAACAUUUAGAAUCAAAUUAUCCUCCAAGAGAAUCAUAUGAUUAA